AAAGGGAGAUGAGGCUUUCCCGAUGGAUGCUGCCAUGCACUGCUGUGUUUUGGCUUUGUUUCUGGGCCAGCCCGCUGAGUGACUCUGCCUUCCCUUGCUAUUGGAUGUAAAGUAUGCUGACAUCAAAGAAAACUGCAUAUGCACACUACAAGACCCGAUGGUGUCAUCUUUCAUCUAUGGCUGCAAAGGGAACCACCUCAGAAUAUCAAUGAGCGAAGAUGUGAGAGUGUCAUCAAGCACAGCACAGCAUUGGAGUGUUAAAAUAUGUGCACGGCAAGUAGAGAGAUUGGCAUCUAAAAUAAACACGCACACAAAUAUUUAGUAAAGUUUUUGUGAGUUUAAAUCUUAAUUUCAGUGCGGAAGGUUUGUGUGUGCUCAUGUUUAGCCGGGUGUCGCCGUGCCCGGACUGUUAACGUCCCCUCGGCGCCCAGUGAUGAUGUCACCGUGGUCGGGUCCACAUCCUCGGGUAGCUGACACUUAUGGGUAAAUGUAUUCAUCACCGAACCAUCCUGGGCCAACUGUCAAUGAAUGUAAAGAACAUUCAGGAUGUCAGAUAUAUUCUGCAUGUCACAAUAAAGCCCCCCUAACUGAUUAACCCAAAUAUAAGACGACAUAUAAGGCAACUCGUCUUUUUUUCUCCUAUUUGACACACUUUAUCCAGCAAGUCUCUGUGUCACAGCCACAGGUCACUGGUGGUUGUGUGUGUGUGUGAGUGACUGGAAGAAAAACGUUGAAGUUGUUUGGCGCCACCUGCUGGUUUGCAUGCAUAAUCUCUAGAUCUCGAAUAUAAAACAACCCAUCUUAGAAUAGAAUAGAUGAACAAGCUAUACUGCUGGGGGUGUCUACAGGAUGUUCAGAAUCGAAUAACAGAAUGAGGGCUGCAGCUAUGGAAUAUCCCACUGAAUAUUCCUUAGAUUAAUCGAGGAACCAGAUAAAAUAUUUUUGCUUGGUUAAUGACCAAUUAUUAAUACACAACAGAAAAUAAGACAUUUCACUUAAUAGUGAACGACCAAUUGGUUUAGUUUUUUUUUUUUUUUUAGAAAAUCAACCAUUUUUAUUUAUAGGUUUUCCUUAUCACGGCUCUUCUGCUCCAUUUGGGAGCACAGCAACUCGUGCUGCUGUGGUAUGCAAGUGCCGCGUUACAACGGAUACACCUCAUGGUGUUCAACUUGCUGUUCAGCCACAUUUAUUGUCUUUUUUUUACACUUUGUUUUCCAUAUCCUUCGUUGCCUUGGCACAUUUAUCCGCGCCUUCAAAUCUCCACUUCCUUCUUUGUCAGCUUGGGUGAUGGAUUCAAAUCAUUCCAGGAAUUGUUGCACCCCUAAACAGAACACUCACCUUUUCUGCACGAACUUCAAUUUGGUUGUUGGAUGUGGUGACAAUGACAUCUUCAGGGCAAAAGUCUUGGACGUCCACUGUGAACUGGUGACCUGGAGCCUAUCCCACAUGACUUUGGGUGAACACUGCAUGCAUCCGGGAUUGGUCAUCAAUCAGUUUACUGGAACAUUGACUUGGAAUGUAUCCCAUGCUGGGUGCAUGGAGUCUGCUAGAGCCUCUAUCGCGUACUACAAAUGGUUCAUGUAGGACUCCACUUACUGGAAAAACCCAAGGUGUCUGCCCCAGGUCUCAUGAAGGGGCCAAAGUCCUCCGCAAACAGCCCGUGACUCUUCUCCAUGUAUGGAUUAUUGGAGGAAGAGGAUGACAUCUGAUGGAAACUCCGCUCCGAUCGAGCAAGAUAAGAUGAGGACUGUCAACUGGAAAUGGAAACUAGGUCACCUGUGCUCUCAAACAACACCUGCACACAGUCGGGUAAAAUGAAGCUUCUGGAUGAGACUUCGGGGAGAGAAACUGACAGCAGCACCCACAAACAAAGAGGAAAUCAAUCAGAGACGUUCCAUAAUAUGACGCGUCUCCCUGCUGAUCCAUGGAAACCAAAUCGACACUGUCGACUAUUUGCCAAAGGUUGUUUGUUGAAACUCAGAUGUUGCCUGGAGAGAGUGUGUGGGAUGGAGUGGUAUGGCUAUGCUGCUCUGGGCUUGUUAACUGCCAUUAUCAGCUUCGUUAUGGACCUGAGUGUAACAAAGCUACUAACAGUUCACCAGUGGCUUUAUACCAAACUGGAGGACAACAAUCUGCUACAGUUCCUCUGCUGGACACUUUACCCUGCAUGCCUCUGUGCUCUAUCAUCUUCACUCUGUCACAAUAUCUGCCCCUUCUCUACAGGUUCUGGGAUACCAGAGGUGAGGACCAUGCUGGCUGGCAUUCAAAUGCCAAAUUACUUGUCCCUCACCAACAUGUUCACCAAGUUCCUGGGCCUUAUUUGUACACUGGCAGCUGGUAGCACUGUUUUCCUGGGUAAAGUGGGUCCCUUUGUGCAUCUUUCCACCAUGAUGGGAAACUACCUCAGCAACCUGUGCUCUCUUGUACAAGCUACAAAAGAGAAGAAAGCAAAUGGAGACAUGUUGGUGGUAGCCGCUGCUGUCGGUGUCACCAGCUGCUUCGGAGCACCCAUAAGUGGUGUGCUAUUUAGCUUGGAGGUGAUGGCCUCUCACUUCUCCACGGUGAACUACUUGCCAUGUUUUUUCUCAGCGGCCUGCGGGGCAUUGACCUUUCGCUUGUUCUCUGUGUGGAGUGGAGAUGAAGAGACUCUUCAAGUGUUGUUUAAAAUACAUUUCCCUUCUGCGGUACCUUUCCUACCAUUGGAGAUUCUGCUGUUUAGUCUCCUGGGGCUGCUGUGUGGCGCUGUGGGCUGCUUGUACCUGUCCCUGCAUCGCUGCAUGCUGCAGUUCACCACAAAAAACACUGGGUUUUUGAAGAUACUGAAAAGAGAGAAAGGUCUGUACUCCGCUUUAGUGACUUUCUUUCUGGCGUCUCUGACAUUUCCUCACUCUGUGGGUCAAUACAUGGCUUCCAAGCUCACCAUGAAGCAGCUGCUCACCUCAUUAAUAGAUGGCAGACAGUGGAUGUCUCAAUCCCACAAUGCCUCUGUUCAACUGGAUCCAGAGGCUUUGUUGGAGUGGGGCUCAUCUGGGUGUCCCGUCUACCUGUCUCUGGCUGUCUUUCUACUCAUGAAGAUGUGGAUGAUGGUGCUUGCCUGCACUCUGCCACUGCCAGCCGGAUACUUCAUGCCACUUUUUAUCUAUGGGGCAGCCAUUGGUCGUUUGCUUGCCGAAGGACUUGUUUACAUGUCCUCCACCACAAUAACAUCAGGCCAUAAUUGGUCUUCUAUAAACCCUGGAGGCUAUGCACUUGCAGGAGCAGCAGCGUUCUCUGGAGCUGUAACACACACCAUAUCACCAGCUCUCUUGGCUGUAGAGUUAACUGGUCAGUUCAGCCAUGUUGUCCCCGCCCUCCUCGCCACAGUCUUAGCCAAUGCUGUUGCUCGCUCUGGGAGCCGCCCGUCUUUCUAUGACGCUGUCUCCAUCAGCAAGAGGCUGCCACACCUGCCCUCUCUCAUGCUGGCACACCCCAGGCUUCCAUCUAUGCACGUUGGACACCUUUUGGGGGUGAACACCGUGCAGCUUCAGAGAGCAGCAAACCCACAGGAAGUCCAACAUGUUGUCAACACCAGCACUGAGAGACAGAUCCCUGUGGUGGAAUCACAUGAGUCACCAAUUUUGCUGGGCUUUGUUGUGCGAUCAGAGCUUUUGAUGUUCCUACGUCACUGCCGAACUACCAAGAGUGUGGACCAACAUCUAGAAGACGUCUGCAGUAUUCACUCUGCUCCAGCCCUGUUGUCGCCUCACAACACCAUCCAAGAAGCGUACACCAUCCUUAGCCUUGUCAGAGCUCAGUCUGUGUUUGUCACCGACGGAGGAAGACUCCUUGGAGUUAUCACAUGGCCAGGGAUGAAGAGAAUAUUAGAAGACUUGGCUCAAGAAAUUUAGAGGAAGAAAUAAACACUUUGUUGACUUCUAAUAAAGUUAUCUGUUUCUCACGACCCCAGCAUGAAAAUAUUUCCUAAUAAUGGUCAGUAGCAAUCCCAGUCCUAGCGGGACUUCAGAGGCGGCUCUAAAGUUUGAAGAAGCCAUGGAGAACAAGUUGACCAUCCUUCAUCUCAGAAGGGGGAAGCAGCGCACAGUGCAGGUUUUACUUCCAUGAUGCAUAUCAUCACACGGCCUUUUGUUGAGCUUUUCACCAACACCAUGUUGUUGAAGACGUUGUAGUGUCACUCCGUAGCACUGACUAUAGGGAGCACUGACAUGUCUGUCCAACACGGUACAUACGUUUUGAAAUACGAGCUGCUCAAACAAAGCUUUUAUUUCAAAGCCUUUUUCUCUUCACUCUCAGAUUAACAAUUAACAAUUAUUCAUUGAUUCAGGGUGAAGGAUGAGUGGAUGAAAACGACCAGCAUCAUACAGUAACACUUCUGAUUGUACGUAUCUACUGUAUACAUUCACACGUAUUCUUCAAAGUCUUUUAUCCGAAGGCCAUUGAAAGAGUUCUUCUGAAGGUUUUUCAGUCAAUGCUGGUGAUGAACCCAAAUCCACAUAUUUGGACCGCUAAGCGGCUUUAAUUAUAAAAAACAUCAUCCUCAGACAAGGAGCUGCUGUCGAUGUGUCGCACGCCGGUCUCUGCAGUGACGGUGCAUUUGUUCUCUCUGGUAGAAAUCCUCUCCUCCUGUCUGAUGAACGUUGGACUAACGGACGCCAUUGGUGGUGGAGGUUGUGAGGGGGCCAUCUGACCUGUUAGCUGGCUGUUGCUGUGUGUCCGGGCAUGGAUGCUGUACAGGUGCUGUGGAAUGCCCAUGCAUCCACCAUCCAGCAGAAAGUGAGACAAAAAGUGGUUUUGUGCUGCUGAGAAGAGACAGUGAAAGAGCCAGCUCGGCACCCACCACCCCCCAGCUUCCGCCUCCUCCAGCCUCGCCGCCACGUCUUCCUCCUACCCAACCUCCUCCUCCCCAGCCUUUCCACUCGAUCAGGGCCAGGGGUCAAAGUGAGGCCCACUUUAGAUGCGACAACACGCGUUGAAUCCUCAAACACCCAUUAAACUGGAGCCUCUUGGCAUGCAUAUCUUGGCUGUGGUCCUCGCUGUCAACUUAAUUUGGAAUUGAUGGGGAUGAGUCGCAGAUGAAUGACAAGUUGACGUUUAAAAGAGGCAGCCCCCCAUGAUCUCUGGAAUGCCUGGCGGUUAUCUGGUCCCCAUAGUCGCGGAGCUGGAUCACAGAGAGAGGCAAGAGAUGAA